CAUAACAGCCGGCCCACAGCUUGCCGGGCGGUGCCACUGACAGACAGGAGAGGGAGGAGCUGAGCCCACAGACACCCAGCGCCCUGCACUCCUUGCAUCUGCUCUCUCUGUACAUGGAGCAGCAGUAGCGCCGCUAGGCAGAGCGACAUCCCUACCGGAGUCCAGGGUUCAGCUCCAGUUUAGUGCCAGGAGGAAGGAUACUAUUGCCAGUGCCAGGAAUUGGGCAGGCUAUCAGGAUGCAGCUGCACUUCAACCAAGUCUAUGGGAGUGGAGAGCUAAAGUAAGGCAAUGUACGGCACACCAGUGUGAUCUCCCACCUUAUCAGUCACAAAUAUGGAGGAGCUCUACAAAGAAAACCAAGACUUGCAGAUUGAUUUGAAUAGCCCUCCCUCCACCCUUCCUAACAACAAGCUGGAAAAUGGGGUUGCUCAGCUAAUUACGGCGGAAGCAUGGAAUAUUAAUCCCUCUGGCUUAAUGAAAAAAGCCCUUUCACCACUAGUGACCGUUCCAGCCCCAACUGUUUUAAGUCCAUCGUCAGACUCCCAGAGUGGAGUAGCCUUGAAAGUAGCAGCAACUGUGCUCCAGCCAAUCUGCCUAGGCGAAAGCCCCGUAGUGUUACCAAUUCAUUGGCAGGUAGCAGGUGGCACACCACCGCAAAUGAGCACGAAUGGUACCACCCCCUAUGUAAUAACAACACAAGGUCCCGUCCCUCUACCUGUGCUUUUGGAGCAACAUGUGUUUCAGCAUUUGAAUUCACCUCUGGUUUUACCCCAGGGUUCUCCAUGUCCCGCUACCUCUCUUCAGAGCCACAUCUUUCCACCAGCUGCUACUUCUGUUGGCCAACCACAGAUUCUAGAUCAGAAAACUUCCAGCCCAACGCAGGAAGCAGUGCUACCACCAGUUUUUACAGCUUCAAAUUUUCCUUCCGUCUUGCAAGAUUUAUUCCCAUCACCUAAUAGCUUGGGGCCACCAUCUCCUUGCCAUAUACCUCCAGAUCCAUACACGUCCACAAUUCCACCCCAACUUUUUAGCUCCUCACCUUUAUCUCCACUUGUUCCUCCUGCAACCUUGUUAGUGCCAUACCCAGUGAUUGUGCCACUUCCGGUGCCAGUGCCUAUACCUAUCCCAAUCCCCAUCCCAAUGUCGAACUCAGAGACAAAAGGCAGUGCAAACGAGCCAAAAUCUAUGGCAGAAAUUCAAAAAAACUGUAAGGAAACCCAAACCCCUUUGGAAAAAGAAGAUGUCAAGCCAUUUGACAUUGCAGACAGGAGAGAGUUUUCUCAGUUUUACCGCCAUUCUGUCAUUAAAAUGAGCAGUGAAAAUGAAGCACUAGACCUUUCCAUGAAAAAUGAACCUUUGGUUCUAAACACCGAUGUAAGUACUGAAGCGAUACAAGAUGAUGGUGUUCUUGAUCUGUCCGUCCCUGUUAACAAAAGAUGCCCCAAUACAAAUACUCACGGCAGCACAAGUGUUUCUUGUGGAUCCACUCCUGACUCUCUAAGCCAUUCCACAAUAAAGAGCGUUCCUAUUGCUGCAUCUUUUAGCCCCCCUCUGCUUCAUCCUGAGCUGGCGCAGAAGCAGGAUAGCAAGGUAAUCUGCACCAACACUGCUGAGCUGUUACGGCAGCCAAAAUGGAUCCCAGAGCAAAGCAUUAGAGCCGCUUACGAGCCAAAGCCCAGCAACAACAUUGAACUUGUUAGCAGCUCCCAAACAGCAAAAGUCAUCGUGUCAGUUAAAGAUGCUGUGCCUGCCAUUUUCUGUGGCAAAAUAAAGGGGCUUUCUGGGGUUUCUACAAAAAACUUUUCUUUUAAAAGGGACUUGCCUCAGGACUCUGCCGCCCAGUGCUAUGAGAUGAAGAGUCAGGCCGAGCACAGGGAAAAUGCAGAAGCACUACGUAAGCCAAUCAAAAACAGAAGCGUAAAGUUAAAGAAAGUGAAUUCACAAGAGAUACAUAUUCUUCCAAUAAAAAAGCAGAGACUGGCGGCCUUUUUCCCUAGGAAAUAACACCCAGUACAAGGCAAUGUGUCCGAAAUUCAUUGCUCUAUAUUCCACAAGGUCAUAAUCUUGUCUCAAUAACCCUAAUUCUGCUAGUUACACAGAGGGACGGGAGCUCUCCAGGUUCAGUUCAGUGUUGGUGGCUGUGGAAGGAAGACUUUUUUUUGUUAUUGUUGUUAAACAUGUAGUCCUUUCUGUACUACAUGAGUGCGCCGAAAGCAAGGGAAUCAUCCUGCCUUUAGAUAUACCUUUGUAACUUAUUACAGUGGGGUGGUUACGGAAUACUAGAAGUUAAUAGCCAGAGUACCUUUUUUUUUUUUUUUUUUUUAAUCUGUUACUUGUAUUGGCAAGUCCAGGAAAGCAACCUAUUUUUAAGUGGGUUGCACAUUUUAUGCAGCUUUUCCUAGAAUUAUGGAUUGGCCAGGGUUGUUUUUACUGCCAAGAACUGCUUUAAUGCUGUAUUUAAUAUUGAUAGCUACAUUGCAUAUUUAAAUAAAUGUUUGUAUGUGCUAGUGA